CCGAACAACCCUUGGAAUGGCAGAGAUUCAUCAUGUUCUUUGGCACUUGUUUCCUAUGUAGCUUCAUCGCGGAAAGUAUGUCGUAUGGUAUCGCCAGCAUAUUUUCACAUGCCGUGAUUAGCAUGUUUAUCGGGUCUACAAUAACCUGUUUUAUGGUACUAUUCUUGAUGCAAAGCAUUGGUCAACCCUAUCCUUUACCGCUUUAUCGAACAUUACUUAUGCACAUGACCUACAUCCAAUAUGUACUAGAAGCUUUUCUAACAGCCGCAUAUGGCAAUGGGAGGAAGAGAUUGCAUUGUCCCUUGGAAAAAAUAUAUUGUCAGUACAGCACGCCUAAGGAAAUAUUGCGGAUCAUGGGUAAGAAUUUUUAAAAUCACAAUCAAAGAUAUAUUGCUUAUUAGUACCACAUUUUUAAUGGCGCACCAAGGAGGUCAAUCAUAAAUUUAACAUUUAUCAAAGAAAAUUACGUUCUUAUAUAUUUAUUUCAUUCCACAUAAUAAAUUUUAAUUUGG